GUUCUGUUCUUUGUGGAACCUGACUCCGUUGAGGGCUGUGAUCCAAUCCCUGUAUCCCCUGAAUCAUUGACUUUUCCUGAUGGAGAAUGUGAGCCUUGUGUGAUCACAGGGGCAUUCAUGCCGUGGACCAUAGUCAGUGUGGGUUUAGCCACCCUCCCCCAACAAUAUCAAGUUAGCCCAGGACCUAGGAUCCUCGAUGGUAAAGCUAUCAAGUAUGUAUUAAGCACCUACUGUGUGCUAGCACUGUCCUAAAGUACUAUUAGGAAUACAAAAGAAUUGCAGGAUAGAGACACUGCCUGUCCUCAAGGAGGAAGUUGUUAUUAUAUAUGUAAUUAUGUGCUAUCUAUAAACUCAUAAGACUUUCUUUUUUUAAAUUUUUUUUUGGGGGAGUAAUUAGGUUAUUUAUUUACUAAGGGAGGUUCUGGGGACUGAACCCAGGACCUCAUGUGUGCUAAGCAUGUGCUCUACCACUGAGCUAUACCCUCCCCCCAUAAGACUAUUUCUAAAACAAAAGAUGCAAAGAUGCAAAGUGCUACAUCCAGAUGGAGUGCUGCCCUUCAAAGCAGUCUCGUUCCCUGGCCAUGGUGGUUUACUGGUGAUACAAUUUUUAAUUCACAAUUUCAGAGCUGCUUAAUUAUAGAAAGACUAGAAGCCAUCAGUAUAAGGAAGAACAGUCAGCCAUAAUUCCACCACGACUGGCCCCCAUUCAUAUGAUAUGUUUAUUAUGUGCUGGGUUUGGUCUAUGCCUGUCUUUUUUUUUUUUUUUUUUUUUUCUUUUAACAAAGUUGGGAUCAAACUGUUUUGUCACCUGGUAUUUACACCAAAUAUCAUGAAAUGAGUCUUCUCUCACAUUGUUAACACCGGUGAAAUGAUUCUGAGGUUGCUGAAAAGGAUUUUUGGAAUCUCUUUUUGGAAUUGCUUUCGAAGUCAAUUUAUGAGAUGUAUUUAUUUUUGUGACCUUCGAGACACACCUUGCUUUGGGCCCAGUUCGGGAUUACCCAGCUUCAGCAGCCAGUUUUGUCAGAGUUGGCUCUUGACAGCAUUUUGUUUUUAAACAUAAAACCCAAUGUCAAAGGGCACAGAUUUGUCGCAAAAAAAAGGUCUAAAGGUGUACUGUGGGCUCUGAAGGCAAUUCCCUAAGGAGUUCUAAAAGUGUUUUCUUGGAAGUUCAUAGUCACUGAACUCUGCCCUGAAACGACAGCACUCACAUCAACCACGUGACAAUAAGAAUAGUGAUUACAUCGGUGUGCCAGGAGCCAUGUGCGUGGGCCUCACGCCAGCUCACCAGUGACUCAUUACAGACAACAAAUGAAAUAGAUACUAGAAUUACCCCCUCUAAAGGCAAGGUCAUGAAGGCCCAGAGAGGUUAAGGACCUUAUCCAAGAUCACACAGCUAGAAAGUGGUGGAGCCAGGAUUCAGAUCCGGGCACAGGCUUCCAGAGCCCGCGCGCUGACCCGCACUCUCCGUGCCCUCUCUGUUUGUGUUUGAUGCUUAAAAAGAAAAAGCUCAUUAUUUUACAGUUGCACCUAAUUUGGGGGAGCUCCUGAGGGCUCCCCAGGACAUCUUUGACUGAGGCUAGCUCCCUGGUGCCCCCAGGAUUCAGUUUGGGUUCCUCUCCAAGGGCUGCGGCCAGCACUGCCCUGUCUUUUGUAUUUCCUUUUCUCUGGGACUGGCUCCCCUCUCCCUUGCUCUCUCUGAAAACAACUGCAGAGGCCUUUCUAAGUGUUUUCCUGUGAUUCCUGCAGCAAAGCAGGUGGCAGCAGGGGUGAAGAGGGAGCCUAAGGCAUUAACCAAGUUGCAAAGGUUCACGGAAGCUUCACACCAUCUUUAGAGAUGUGUGAGCAAACGGAACCCGUUUUUGUUAAAUAGCCCAGCUUUUCUCCCCCCGUCGUGGUUCCCUCGCUCCUUCUCCAGUUCCUUCCUUGGGAGUCACCCUACUCAGCCUUGUCUGGGUUGGAUGUUGGGUCCUGCCACUCAGUAGGGUCAAGGUGGGUCCAGGUUGGCCUUGCCGCUGGGCCUGAGGGAACUCUCAGUCCUUAUUUUCUCUGGUGUGAGGGCCCAGAGGAGGGAGUCCACAUUCUAACUGCCCCAGAGCUUCCUCUCCUGAGCUCCCAGCUGCCCUGCGCUGGCUGGCCUGGCCGGCCGAGGGUCUCACCCUCAUUUCCUGGAGCUGCCUUGGAUGCUCCGGGUUUGUAAGCCCUGCCCUAGGCUUCACCGCUCUCCUGGCCUCUCCAUCCACUGUUCUGAGCUGCCAUCCAGGCCAACUCAGCUUGCUCUGAGAUUCCCAUGGAGAGCUGCUGCCUGCUUUUGCUUUUCCCCUGAUUUUGGCCCAAGUAAAGGAGAGUUCAUAGUUCCCCCUGAGGGCCCUGGUGAUUGACAUCUCCUGAGCUUACCAGGAGAUCACCGCAUAAAACCCCUUCCACCUGCCUUUUCAGAGUCUUCAAGUCGCUCCCUCCAUUACCCCUCCCAACACCCAAGAGUGGAGUCACAGGGCUAUGGCUUUGCAGUUUCAAAUCACUCUGCCCAUGCAGAAGAGUAAGCAGAUGGAAGCCCCUCUGAUGAGAAGGGGUUUGUUUCUCCGAAGCCCCUAAGUGCACCAGAUAAAGGAGAUCAGUGUGAGCUGGGACAGCCAGCCAGGGCUUGACAGUCUCGCAGUGCAUUCAGAGUGAAGCUUGGACCUUGAGGGGUCGAAGGGAGUUUGGAUGGACUUGCGAGACAAUGACAGUUUGAGAGUUGGAGGUGGCUGGUUGGCGGGGUCGGGGGCUGCGGUUUCUGUUUAGGGAGAAUGAGGCUGUCUGAGAAGGGUGAGAUGAUGCAGACAAUAUUUGUCCAGUCAUCCCAAACUCGGAUGCACAUCCGAAUUGCCUGGGGAGAAGUAAAAACGCUUGGUGCCUAGGCUACACCGUACACCAGUUAAAUCAGAACGUCUCGGGGUAGGGAGCCAGGCAUCAGUGGUUUUUAAAAGUCCUCCGGUGAUGUCAAUGUGUAACAAAGUUUGAAAUCAUUUCCCUACUUUGUCACCUACAAGCAUCUGAGAGUUUGUGGUAAGACCUACAGUGCAAUAAGGUAAAAACAGAAAGUGAAUUAGGAAGCAGGGAGGAAAGGAUGAUGAUGUAAGAGGAAGACAAAGCGUGGCAACAAGUCAGUUGAUAACAUAGGUGCUGAGAUACUGUGUGUUGUUAGAGUGGCCAGAAUUUGGUCUCUGAGCUUCCUUGUAGCUGAAGCAGAAGGAAACCUGAGACGUUAGGAAGGUCGUAUGAUGGGACCAACCACUGCUUCAAGGGAAGCCCUGGGACCCAGAGCAGAAAGAGGCUUCUCCCGAGGCUCUUCAGAAAGGGGACACCACGUGGGGUUGUGGACAAGGCUUCAGCAGUGUUGCACAACCACACGAAAGCAGGAGUUUCACACCUGCCAUUGGCUAAAAUGAAAACACCCCUUCGUGUUGGCCUUGGAGGUCAUUCAAAGCUGGUAUCAACUGCUUGGAUCUAAUGCAGUAAGAAGGGUUGAUUGUACUUCCUAAACUCUUUUUUAUUUAAAAAAUUUUUUAUUGAUUAAUUGAUUGAUUGAAGUACAGUCAAUUACAUUGUGUCAAUUUCUGGUGCACUAAACUCUUGAUUUUUGUCUGUAGCUAAUUAAGUCCUUCCAUUUCCCUGAUCUCCUGCUCAUUUUAAAUUGAUGAGCCAUAUUUGGUUUGCCUGCAGAUAGAGGGUCUGCAUUUUGUCUUUCUUGUGGUCACUUCUUAUUCCUGGCCAUCAACUUGUCAUUUGCUUCACCAGGCCAGGGGCUCAGAGGGACAAAGGCAUCUGAUUAAGGCACAAAGCAGAAGUUCUGGCUUGUUGUCAUGGUGCCCCUAGAACAAGGUCACCUGCUGCGGCCUCCACUGGGGGUGCGGGCCUCUACUUUUCCUAGAGCCUGGGCUUGGCUUCGGGGGCAUUCUGCUGGUGGGGUCACGCCCCAGGAUCUCACCCACUGACUUGGAGCCCCGGGAGGGGCUACUUCCUACAGAUGAGCAGAAAGGGCAGCUCUGCCUCCCUCUUUCCUUGUCCCCUGUCCCCAGGGAACUGAGAAGUGCUGAUCCAGUCAGGCCCAUUUCUCUCCUUAGUGGGGGCUCACGGAGCCCACCUGCCCUGCUCAGCAGAGUCAGCUCUCGUUGGCCCGUGGCCCCAAGUAGGCUAUGGGUCAGGUCAGGAUAGGGACCGACUUGGCAGGCAGCCGUCAGGGUGGCCUCAGGGAGGUGUGAGGCUAGCGUGCCUGCUCAGCAGGGCCUUCUUCCACACCUGGUUGGCCCUGGAGCGAGAGGCAGUGGGGCGUGUGCUGGCUGUGGGGGAGGAGGGUAUGGGGACCUUCUGUGCUGUGUGCUUCUCUGUGCUCUGCUCUCUCUUGACAUGUGAGUCUUAGAGGUUGUGGGUAACUUUGUGUGUGUGUGUGUGUGUGUGUGUGCUCUCGCGUGUGACGCAUACACUCAUUGUCCCUCAGCUGGGGUCUAGGCUGGGGUCUAGGCCUCACGGAGCCUCUGUGGUCAGGUGAGCUGCUGUGCCCACACGGCGGGCCUGGGUGUGCACCCAUGUGGGGUGCAGUGACCCAGUUGCCUGGGAGGGCCCUGGGCCUGGGGGCGCGGGUGUGGGGUUUUUACCUCCACCUGCUCUCCCUGGGGCUCCGGGCUCUCCUGCUCUGCCUCCUCCUGCUUCUUCGAGUGCUGUACGUGUGUGUGCAAGAGGCAGGCAAGGCCAUGUUCACAGCUGUUGGCUCUGUGGCCCUUGCGGCCCGUGUCUGUGGCAUUCAUGUCCUCCUGCAAGGGGUGGCCUGGACUGCCCAGCUGGCGGGGAGCUGGGUGGCGCUGCAUGUGUGGCUCUGCUGUGCCUUGCUAGAGACCCUCAGGCGCAUCCUUUUGGUCCUGCCAUGUGAGCAGGCUUCCAGGUGGCUGGUGCGGGCAGGUGUGCGGGCAGGUGUGUGGGCUGGCCGAGGCCUGGCGCGGGUGUGGGGCAUGGCGACCUUGGUCCAGCUGUGUGCCCACACGCUCUUCCUGGGGGUGCACCUGUGCAUGCACGUCUGCUUUGCCGCCAUCAGCUCAAAGGUCCGAGUGAGGGUGCAUGCGCCCUUCAGUAUCUCACUGCCCUUCAGAGUCCACACCCCCCUGAGCCUAGGCUUCAGAGUGGGGUUGCAGGCUCCGAGGCAUGACAGGGCCGAGGGGGAGCAGGGUACACCCCAGGUGGAGCAGAGGCCCCAGAUGUCCAGGAGGCUCGAGCCCACAAGGAGAAGGGAGGUGUCACUGACAAGGAGUGAGCUCCGUCCAGGUGGGUAAGGAAGGGGGCUGCUCUCUGCCCCUUGGACCUGUCUCCAGCCUUGGGUGCCAGCACCUCCUCCUGGCCACCAGGCCACGCUUAGAGCCCGCUUCUCCUCUGGUGUUGCGGGAGAACAUUCUCUCCUCCGGCACCGUCAAGCCUGUGUAGCUGCCUCUCUCAUUCCCCACCGGGCUCUGGGCAUCUCCUUCCUCGGCUGAGUGGUCACUGGGAAAGUCACAGACAGGACCCCGGCAGCGUCCAGUCUUUGCCCUCUGUCCACCGAGGACAGGGCUGCACAUGGCUGGGAGCUCUUCUCCUCCGCCGGCCCCUGCCUCCUUGCAAACCUCCCUUCCUCGGUCUCUCUGUCCCUUCCACCCUAACAGCAGCUGCCCUGCCACGGGGUUCCCUCCCUGUCUCUGCCCUUCCCCGGGUGGGGCUCUGCUUUCCCUCCAGCUUCUACAGGGCGGCCGCCCUUAUGAGCCAUCCUGGAUCCUUCUUCUUCCUGGGGUCCCUCUGCCCAGGCCCUCCCAGUCCUCCCCAGCCAGUCCCCUCAGGCACCCCCGGCU